AUGUGGAUAGAGAUUGUGGGCUCAAACAAACCAACCAUUGAGUGCAGCUUGUUCUGUAAAGGAGAGAGGGUCUACCGCCCAGGGAUGCUGGACACCGGAGCAGACGUGACCAUCAUCGCCCGCUCCGAGUGGCCAGGGAAUUGGGAACUGGAGCCAGUGGCAGGUAUGAUCUCCGGGAUUGGUGGAAUUGCAGUAUCCAUGAGGAGCAAACGAAAUGUUGUCAUUGAAGGACCUGAGGGCAAGAUAGCGACCACCCGACCAUUCGUGGUAAGAGCCCCCAUCACCUUAUGGGGCAGAGACCUUCUAUCCCAGUGGGGUGCCACUCUUACCAUUCCCAGCCAGGAUUUCUGA